GUUUUGGUGAUGACGGAGAGAAAUUUUGAGAGAGAGGACCCCCAAAAGAAACCAAAAACAUAAUCUGAAGAAAAAAUACAAGGAUUUGAAUUUACAGAAAAAAAACAGAAAUCAAAAACAGAGGAAGCACAAUUGCAAAAAAAGGCGGACAUUUCCAGAAACGUUUACAAAGACAAAGACGACUGCAACAAAAAUGUUGUUUUCUUCUGCCAAAAAACCCUAAUUUCCUCUUUCACUCUCCUGCAUUGUACUCCUAUGGAACCUUCCAAUCCAGCUCCGAGGCGGGAAACCUGAGGAGCUUUUCGCGUUGUUCAAGCGGAAUCGAAAUCGACACCGAGUUUGAGUUUCUUCGGAUUUGGAUUUUUGUUAUCGGAUUCGUUCGCAAUGGAGGCAUUGAUGGAGCUCUGCGACCUGAUUGCGGACCACCCGGCGCAAUUCACCCAGAAGCUUUCGUGGAUUUGUGGCCGGUGUCCGCCUCCCGAGAUUUUUCUGGGCGGAUCACCUAGGGUUUCGCAGAUUCAGCUCAAUGCUGUCCUCGCCGUCGCGCGCUUCAUGUCCAAAUGCCCCGAUUCUGCUGAUCUCCGCCCGAAAUCGGUGGUUCUCGAGUUCCUACGCUCGGUUCCCGCGUCGUUCAAUCGGUCGUUUUGGCCCCAAUCGUUUGGAAACGACUCGAUUGCUUCUUUCUUCUUGGAUUUUUUGGGGUACGUGUGUAAAGCUACCGAAUUGUCUCCCGAUUUUGCUACAGAGAUUGUUGGGUUCACUGGUGAGGUUGUAGUUUUGGCAAUUACCAGUGGCGGCGAAGAUUUAGGUAUUUGUCGGGCUUUCCUCAUGGCCCUAUCAGAACAUUUCCUUCCAAUUUUGCCUUCGGAUGCCGAGAAGUUGAUUACAAUGCUUAUUGACCAGUUUGCGGCUUCGGGACCGGUGGUUCAGUCCCCGGUUACGCCAAGACGAAUUGGGGCCAACUCAGAGACCUCGUCUGCGCAGAGCUCCCCAAUGAAUGGAAACCAUUACCAAGCGAAUGAGAGCUCCAGCCCCAGAAAUGAGGCGAGCAAUGUGUCGGGUUCAUCGGGUAGUAUAUCGUCAAGGGGGUCGGUGAUGAUGAAUGGGAGCAGCAUUGUGUGGAAGAGUGGUGUUGAUCAACUGGGUGUGAAUUUCGGUCUUGGUGAGGGAGGCGGAGCUGUGAUGCUUAGGCAGCAAGUUUCUUCAUUUGAGGAAGAGUCUGUUGAGAAUUUGGAGAAGCAAGAGAUUGCUUUCAAAUUGGUAGCUCAUAUUUUGGAUAAAGUCAGUAUCGAUUCUGCGCUUUUGGAUCGGGUCAGAUUAAUCGCAAAGAGGCAGCUACAGUCUACGUCAGUGUUUCUGAAGAUUAGAAAGCGGGAUUGGACUGAACAUGGGGCACUUUUGAAAGCAAGAAUCAAUACGAAACUGUCAGUUUAUCAAGCUGCUGCCAAGUUGACUCUUAGUUGCCUGGCUUGCUAUGAUACUGACGUGAAAUCAGCAAAGAAGUUGGCACAUGAGAGUCUGGCAUUGUUGAUGGAUGCUUCUGAAGCCUGUUUACUCUCCGUGUGGCGGAAAAUGAGAGUUUGUGAAGAGCUCUUUGCUUCUUUGCUAUCUGGGCUUGCUCAAAUUGCUGUCAAGCGUGGGGGCCAGGCAUUACGUAUUUUGCUCAUCCGCCUCAAACCUGUUGUGUUAACUGUAUGCGCACAGGCUGAUACUUGGGCAACCAGCCAGGCACCAAUGUUUGAGAGUGUGAUGAAGACGAGUUGUGAGAUAAUUGAAUCUUGUUGGACUAAGGAGCGUGCGCCGGUUGACACAUUCAUAAUGGGAUUAGCGACAAGUAUUCGUGAACGAAAUGACUAUGAGGAACAGGUUGAUAAAGAUAAAGAGGCACUUCCUGUUGUGCAGCUUAAUGUUAUACGCUUGCUAGCCGAUCUGAAUGUUGCUGUGAAGAAGUCUGAAGUUGUGGACAUGAUAUUACCUCUAUUUAUUGAAAGCUUAGAAGAGGGCGAUGCUUCGAGUCCUAGUUUAUUGCGACUCCGGCUCCUUGAUGCUGUAUCACGCAUGGCAAGUUUAGGUUUUGAGAAGUCCUACCGGGAGACUGUUGUUCUAAUGACAAGGAGUUACUUAAGUAAACUUUCAAGUUUAGGAUCUGCUGAAAGCAAAACUGUGCCACCAGAAGCCACAACAGAGCGCCUUGAGACUCUUCCUGCAGGAUUUCUUCUGAUUGCUAGUGAUCUUACAAAUGCUAAAUUACGUUCAGACUAUCGUCACCGUCUACUGUCUUUAUGCUCAGAUGUAGGCCUCGCUGCUGAAUCCAAAAGCGGAAGGAGUGGAGGAGAUUUUUUGGGACCACUACUUCUUGCUGUAGCUGAGAUAUGUUCUGAUUUUGAUCCUACAGUAGAUGUGGAGCCUUCACUUUUAAAGUUAUUUCGCAACCUGUGGUUCUAUGUUGCUCUUUUUGGCUUAGCACCUCCCAUACAGAAUGCUCAGCAACCUGCAAAGUCACUUUCCACGUCACUCAAUAGUGUAGGAAGCAUGGGUACUAUUCCACUUCAAGCUGUGGGUGGCCCAUACAUGUGGAGUGCACAGUGGUCUUCAGCUGUCCAGCAAAUUGCUCAAGGAACACCUCCACUUGUUGUUAGCUCAGUGAAAUGGCUUGAAGAUGAAUUGGAACUUAAUGCUCUUCAAAAUCCCGGCAGUCGUCAAGGGAGUGGGAAUGAGAAAGUUGCUCUGGCCCAAAGAGUUGCUCUUUCUACUGCUCUAGGAGGGCGAGUUGAGGUUGCAGCAAUAAACACUAUAUCAGGUGUGAAAGCUACCUAUCUUCUUGCGGUAGCAUUCUUGGAAAUCAUACGAUUCAGCAGCAAUGGUGGCAUCCUCAAUGGUGUCACUAGUUCAGCUUCUUCUAGAAGUGCAUUCAGUUGUGUUUUUGAAUACCUAAAAACUCCAAAUCUUGUGCCCGCUGUCUUCCAAUGCUUGACGGCAACUGUGCAUAGGGCUUUUGAAACAGCAGUGACGUGGCUGGAAGAUCGAAUAUCCGAAACAGGCAAUGAAGCUGAGGUUAGGGAAUCAACACUUUCUACCCAUGCUUGCUUUCUGAUAAAAAGUAUGUCACAGAGAGAGGAACAUAUCCGGGAAGCUUCUGUGAACUUGCUGAGUCAGCUUAAAGACAGGUUUCCACAGGUCUUGUGGAAUUCCUCUUGUGUUGAUUCCCUGCUAUUUUCAAUUUAUAAUGAUUCGCCUACUACUGUUGUCAAUGAUCCUGCUUGGGUGCUGACAGUUCGUUCUUUGUACCAAAAGAUUGUUCGAGAGUGGAUCGUUAAAUCACUUUCACAUGCUCCUUGCUCUAGCCAGGGUCUUCUCCAGGAAAAGCUUUGUAAAGCAAACACGUGGCAAAGAUCGCAGCAUACAACUGAUGUGGUAUCUCUUUUAUCAGAAAUACGAAUCGGCACAGGUAAAAUUGAUUGCUGGAAUGGAAUACAAACAGCUAAUAUUCCUGCAGUCAUGGCCGCUGCAGCUGCAGCAUCAGGAGCAAACUUGAAAUUAUUAGAAGCCUUCAAUUUGGAGGUGCUCAGUACCGGCAUCGUUAGUGCAACAGUUAAGUGCAACCAUGCUGGAGAAAUUGCUGGCAUGAGAAGCUUGUAUAACAGCAUUGGUGGAUUUCAAUCUGGUACAACACCGACUGGAUUUGGUAUUGGUGCCGGCCUUCAAAGGUUGAUCUCAGGAGCUCGUCAACAGACACAAGCUGAGGACGAUUCAUUUAAUGGAAUCUUACUCACAAAGUUUGUGCGUUUACUACAGCAAUUUGUUAAUUCUGCAGAGAAAGGUGUGGAAGUGGAGAAGUCUCAGUUUCGCCAGAUUUGUUCUCAAGCAACUGCAUUACUGCUGUCAAAUCUGGGCUCUAAUUCAAAAUCAAAUGUAGAGGGCUUCUCACAACUUCUUCGUCUUCUCUGUUGGUGUCCAGCUUACAUUUCUACGCCCGACGCAAUGGAAACUGGCGUUUUUGUUUGGACUUGGUUAGUUUCUGCUGCGCCUGAACUGGGAUCUCUAGUCCUUGCGGAGCUUGUUGAUGCAUGGUUGUGGACCAUUGAUACAAGACGUGGUAUCUUUGCAUCUGAUGUGAAACAUUCUGGGCCUGCAGCAAAAUUAAGGCCUCACCUUUCUCCUGGAGAGCCAGAAUCGCAGCCAGACAUUGAUCCUGUUGAGCAAAUAAUGGCUCAUAGAUUAUGGCUUGGAUUUCUCAUGGAUCGCUUUGAGGUAGUUCGACACAACAGUGUUGAGCAGCUCUUGCUUCUUGGACGAAUGUUGCAAGGGAUAACAAAGAUUCCCUGGAAUUUUUCGCGCCAUCCUGCUGCUACUGGUACCUUUUUUACUGUCAUGCUUCUUGGACUCAAGUUCUGCUCAUGCCAAUCCCAGCGAAAUUUGCAGAACUUUAAAACAGGGCUUCAGUUGCUGGAAGAUCGGAUAUAUAGGACCUCUUUAGGUUGGUUUGCAUACGAGCCUGAAUGGUAUGAUACUAGCUAUAUGAAUUUUUCUCAGAGUGAAGCUCAAUCCAUCUCUUUAUUUGUCCACUACCUUUCAAAUGAGCGAGUAGAUGCAGCAGUCUAUUCUGAUUCAAAAGGGAGAGGACGAGAAAAUGGGACCACUUUGGUUGAUGCGAACGAUCAACAUCAUCCAGUCUGGGGUCAAAUGGAGAACUAUGCUGUGGGAAGAGAAAAACGGAAGCAGCUACUUUUGAUGCUAUGCCAGCAUGAGGGUGACAGGCUUGAAGUUUGGUCGCAACCAACUAAUACAAAGGAGAGUGCCUCUUCACGGCAAAAAAUUAGUUCGGAUAAAUGGAUUGAGCAUGCUAGGACUGCUUUUGCUGUAGAUCCUCGAAUUGCUUUAUCCCUGGCGUCACGGUUCCCAACAAACACAUUCUUAAAGGCUGAGGUUACCCAGUUGGUUCAGUCACAUAUCGUUGAUAUCCGCUCCAUUCCGGAAGCAUUGCCAUAUUUUGUUACCCCAAAGGCAGUUGAUGAAAAUUCGGCACUUUUGCAACAAUUGCCACACUGGGCUGCUUGCUCAAUUACACAAGCUCUUGAGUUCCUUACUCCUGCAUAUAAGGGCCAUCCUCGUGUCAUGGCAUAUGUUCUUAGGGUUCUGGAGUCUUAUCCUCCUGAACGAGUAACUUUCUUCAUGCCACAGCUAGUGCAGGCUCUGCGUUAUGAUGAUGAGAGGUUAGUAGAAGGAUAUCUGCUUAGAGCAGCACAAAGAAGUGAUAUAUUUGCCCAUAUUUUAAUCUGGCACUUACAGGGUGAGACGUUUGUUCCAGAACCGGAAAAAAAAGAUGCUGUUCCUGUGAAGAAUAGUUCGUUUCAGGAGUUGUUGCCUCUUGUUAGACAGCAUAUCAUUGAUGGUUUCAGUCCCAAGGCACUUGAUAUUUUUCAAAGAGAAUUUGAUUUCUUUGACAAGGUUACAUCUAUUUCUGGUGUACUCUUUCCACUUCCAAAGGAAGAACGCCGAGCUGGUAUCCGGAGAGAGUUGGAGAAAAUUGAAGUUGAGGGAGAGGAUCUCUAUUUGCCAACUGCUCCUACCAAGCUUGUAAGGGGCAUUCAGGUUGAUAGUGGAAUACCCUUGCAAUCUGCAGCAAAAGUUCCUAUAAUGAUAACAUUUAAUGUAGUCGAUCGGGUUGGGGACCGCAGUGAUGUAAAACCACAAGCUUGUAUUUUCAAGGUUGGAGAUGAUUGCCGCCAGGAUGUUCUUGCUCUUCAAGUGAUUUCCCUAUUGAGAGACAUAUUUGAAGCAGUUGGAAUUAAUCUUUAUUUGUUUCCCUAUGGUGUACUCCCAACUGGCCCAGAGAGAGGCAUUAUUGAGGUUGUACCUAAUACGCGGAGCAGAAGUCAGAUGGGUGAAACUACUGAUGGUGGUUUGUAUGAGAUUUUUCAACAGGAUUACGGACCUGUUGGGUCUGCCAGCUUUGAAGCUGCACGUGAAAACUUCAUCAUUAGCAGUGCUGGUUAUGCAGUUGCCAGCCUUUUACUUCAACCGAAGGAUCGACACAAUGGGAAUCUUCUGUUUGACAGCGUGGGAAGGCUUGUUCAUAUUGAUUUUGGUUUCAUUUUGGAAACCUCACCAGGUGGAAACAUGCGUUUUGAAAGUGCACACUUUAAGCUCAGCCACGAGAUGACACAAUUAUUAGACCCUUCGGGGGUUAUGAAAAGCGAUACCUGGAACCAAUUUGUGAGCUUGUGCGUUAAGGGUUACCUUGCUGCCCGCCGAUACAUGGAUGGGAUUAUCAACACGGUAUCCCUAAUGCUAGACAGUGGGCUACCUUGCUUCAGCCGGGGCGACCCUAUUGGAAAUCUACGUAAGAGAUUUCAUCCAGAGAUGAGUGAGCGUGAGGCGGCCAAUUUUAUGAUCCAUGUAUGCACGGAUGCCUACAACAAAUGGACCACCGCUGGGUACGACUUGAUACAGUAUCUGCAGCAGGGCAUCGAGAAGUAAAAAGUGAGAUGUUUGGAGCUUGUUUAACAUGUGUACAUGAUUGCCUGUAGUGUAAUGGUAAAUUUCAUCGUCUUAUAGUUGCAAUUUAUUUCCCGUGGGGUCUCCACUUUAUAGUGUUGAGAGGACUCUUGAAACGGCAUGAAAUCGAAAUCAUUGUAUUCUAGGGAUGGAGAUCCUCGUGAGGUUUGUAAAAGUACAGUUUGUAGUUAUUAUUUUAUCAAUGGAGUUCAAAAUUUGCUGUUUA